UUAUUUAAAGCUGUAACUCCUAAAAACGUGCUUGCAGAGUUUGUGCUGGGGCUGGUGCUGAAGGAAAGGGAACACACACAUGCUAACUUGAUGGUGCUGUAAUAACCUUCAUUUUGUCUUCUUUUUUUCUCAACUGCACACUGAAAAUCUCAUGUCUUAAAUGUAGACAUGGUGAACUUUGUGAAAUCCAGGACUUUUCUAUUUUUUGCUGUUUUUGUGGUUCACAUUUUUGUUGUGAAAUGUCAAGGGAGUGGAGAUGAAGUGGGUUGUUCACAGGAUGGUCGGACCUACACAAAUAGAGAUAUAUGGAAACCACAGCCAUGCCAAAUCUGUGUUUGUGACAGUGGAACAAUUCUCUGUGACGAGAUUCAAUGUGAGGAGAUUCUGAACUGUGAAAAACCAGUAAUACCUUUUGGAGAAUGUUGUCCAGUAUGUCAAGAUGGAGAGGGGGCUGAUGGCCGUGGUGAUGGUCGUGGUGGCAACGAAGGCAGCGCUGGUAGAGGAUAUAAGGGCCAGAAAGGAGAACCAGGACAAGUCCCUUAUGUAACAGGUAUAAGAGGUCGCCCAGGCCCAAUGGGCCCACCGGGUUCACAGGGACCCCGAGGUGAACGAGGAUACAAAGGAAAGCCGGGUCCUCGAGGUACCCCUGGCUAUGAUGGUGAGCCUGGUGUUCCUGGGCAGCCUGGAGAACCUGGCCCCCCUGGCCACCCCACACACCCUGGCGGGAACCAAUUUUCACCUCAAAUGAUGGGAGGAGCUGAUGAGAAAUCAGGAGUCAGUGGCCAGCUCGGAAUGGUACCUGGAUCAAUGGGACCAGCAGGAGCAAGGGGGCCUCCAGGGGUUACAGGCCAACCUGGUCAUCCAGGUCCACAGGGUGCACCAGGAGAAGUUGGGGACCCAGGAUCAAUGGGUCCAGUUGGUGUUAGGGGUCCUGAGGGUCCAUCUGGAAAACCAGGUGAAGAUGGUGAACCUGGGAAGCCUGGUCAGCCAGGAGAAACUGGGUUUCCUGGAUCUGCGGGUGCAAGGGGUUUUCCCGGGGCACCUGGUCUCGCAGGUAUAAAGGGGCACAGGGGACAUCCAGGAGCAAUUGGCCCAAAAGGGGAGCGUGGAGCUGUUGGGUCAAAGGGUGAAUCUGGCCCAACUGGUCAAAUGGGUCUAGUAGGUCCAGAGGGUCCAAGAGGAAUUCCAGGAGAGAGAGGACGGUUUGGACCAUCAGGAGCCCCAGGUAGACGUGGUUCUCAAGGAAACGUUGGUAAAACAGGUCCCAUGGGGUCUGUCGGUAUAAGUGGCCCCCCAGGUUUCCCAGGUCCUCCAGGAACAAAGGGUGAAGCUGGUGCUACCGGAGUUCGAGGACCUGUAGGGCCUCAAGGCCAGCGGGGUGAAACAGGACGUCAAGGCAACGUUGGAACUACUGGUCUACCAGGUCCUGCUGGGACAGAUGCUGGCCCUGGUACUAAAGGUCCAGUGGGGAGCGUGGGUGUCUCAGGUCCACAUGGCCCUCCUGGUCCCCUAGGAUCACCUGGACCUGAGGGGAGUAGCGGGCCACCGGGCAUCAAAGGUCAACCAGGAGACAUUGGAGUACCAGGAUUCAAAGGAGAAGCAGGGCCUAAAGGGGAACUGGGUCCACCUGGGGCUCAAGGUGUAAUUGGUCCCCAAGGUGAAGAAGGAAAGAGAGGACCUCGUGGAGACUCGGGAUCUGUUGGCCCUCAAGGUCCAACUGGUGAAAGAGGUGCUCCAGGUAAUAGAGGUUUCCCUGGUGCCGAUGGAUUACCUGGUCCGAAGGGUGCACAAGGAAAUCGUGGCAUAACAGGUACCUCUGGUCCUAAAGGCUCUGUAGGAGAUCCUGGCCGCACAGGUGAACCUGGGCUUCCUGGGGCAACGGGACUUACUGGAACUCCUGGUGUUCAGGGUGCUGAAGGAAAGCCUGGGCCAGUGGGUGCAUCUGGAGAAGAUGGGAGACCAGGACAAGCAGGAUCAUUGGGUACAAGAGGCCUUCCAGGUGUCAUGGGAUUACCAGGCCCAAAGGGUUUUAAUGGUGACCCAGGAAAGACGGGUGAGCUGGGUUCUCCAGGUGCACCAGGACAAAGGGGUCCACCUGGCAAAGACGGUGAAGUUGGCCCUGCAGGUCCAGCAGGUCCACAUGGAGUAGCCGGAGACAGAGGGGAGCAAGGACCUCCUGGUCUAACAGGUUUUCAGGGUUUACCUGGUCCACCAGGUCCACCUGGGGAGUCCGGAAAGCCAGGUGAUCUGGGUAUUCCUGGUGAGGCUGGUGCUUUCGGUCAAAUAGGCCCAAGGGGAGAGCGUGGAACUCCAGGUGAACGAGGUGAAUUGGGAGCUCAUGGUCUUCAGGGUCCUAAAGGUAUUCCAGGAGCUCCAGGUCCUGAUGGUCCAAAGGGUAACCCAGGGCCUACUGGAGCUGUUGGUGAUCUUGGCCCACCAGGUCUGCAGGGAAUGCCAGGAGAGAGGGGUAUCUCAGGUCCUAAUGGCCCAAAGGGUGAAAGAGGUUCUCUAGGUGAAAAGGGAUCAGAAGGUACUCCCGGUAAUGAUGGUGCUAGAGGUCUUCCAGGCCCAAUUGGGCCACCUGGCUCAAAUGGCCCCUCUGGUGAGAAAGGUGAACCUGGCCCUCGUGGACCACCUGGUCCUGAUGGAGCCCGAGCAAGUCCCGGAGCUCGUGGUGAACCUGGUCCUAGUGGCCCUGUUGGAUUUGCUGGUCCACCUGGUCCUGAUGGUCAGCCUGGUGUUAAAGGUGAACCUGGUGAGCCUGGACAAAAGGGCGAUGCUGGAUCUCCAGGCCCCCAAGGAUUGUCUGGAUCACAUGGACCAGGAGGUCCUCCUGGUGUGGCUGGACUAAAGGGUGGUCGUGGUACUCAAGGCCCACCGGGUGCAACUGGUUUCCCUGGAUCUGCUGGCAGAGUUGGCCCACCUGGUUUAACUGGUCCUGUCGGUCAGCCUGGACCUCUCGGUUCUCCUGGAAAGGAAGGUCCUGCAGGUCUGAGAGGUGAUACUGGUCCACCUGGACGCCAAGGAGAGCGUGGGGCUGCAGGGCCUUCUGGAGGCCCAGGAGACAAAGGGGACUCUGGAGAAGAUGGCCCAACUGGUCCUGAUGGCCCUCCAGGUCCUUCAGGAACAACUGGACAAAGAGGGAUUGUUGGUUUGCCAGGUCAGCGAGGUGAAAGAGGAAUGCCUGGUCUUCCAGGGGCACCUGGUACUCCAGGAAAACAAGGUACAUCUGGUACCUCAGGUGACAAAGGUCCCCCGGGUCCUGUCGGCCAACCAGGUUCCAAAGGUCCUGUUGGAGAUCCAGGUCCAGAUGGACAUGCUGGAUCAGAUGGCCCUCCAGGUCGUGAUGGCGUCCUAGGUGAAAGGGGGGAUCGUGGGGAGUUAGGUCCUGCAGGUCUGCCAGGUGCUUCAGGGGCUCCUGGUUCCCUAGGACCUGUUGGCCCUACUGGUGAGCCCGGAAGAAGAGGUGACCCUGGCUCACGUGGGCCACUGGGUCCUUCUGGUCUAGCUGGAAAACGAGGAUUACCUGGUCCUCAAGGCCCCAGGGGUGACAAAGGAGAACACGGAGAUCAAGGAGAAAGAGGCCAGAAGGGUCACAGAGGCUUUACAGGAUUACAAGGCUUGCCUGGUCCUCCCGGUACUACUGGUGAGCAAGGAAGCGUUGGUAUUAGUGGACCCUAUGGUCAGAGAGGAUCACCGGGACCAGUGGGCCCUCAAGGCAAAGAAGGAUAUAUCGGACAGCCUGGUCCAAUGGGACCUCCUGGCACACGAGGACUCUCUGGUGAAGUCGGACCUGAAGGUCCUAAUGGAGAACCUGGUCCCCCUGGUCCUCCUGGUGCUCCUGGUCCUCCAACUGCUGCUGUGGAUGAUUUAUAUGGUCACCAAGAUUAUGACGUUGGCCCCCCACCACCUCCAGAAUUCAAUGAAGAUGAAGCAGUUCCAAACAGCAAUAAAUCAGAUAUUCUAACUGCUGACCCAGGGGUCCAAGCUACCCUGAAAGCUCUUGGUAGCCAGAUAGAAAACAUGCGCAGCCCUGAUGGAACCAAAACACACCCAGCCAGGACAUGUGAUGAUCUGAAAUCAUGCUACCCAUUAAAAAAAAGCGGUGAAUACUGGAUUGAUCCCAACCAGGGUUGUGCUGAAGAUGCAGUGAAAGUGUAUUGUAAUAUGGAAACUGGAGAGACUUGUAUUUCUGCAAACCCAUCCAGCAUCCCCCGUAAAACAUGGUGGAGUACAAGGAAUCCCACUAACUUAAAGCCAAAAUGGUUUGGAGCAGACAUGAAUGGCGGGACACUUUUCAGCUAUAGCAGCAACGACCAGUCAUCAAACACAGUCACUGUCCAAAUGACGUUUUUGCGUCUGCUGUCAAAGGAAGCCUCACAGAAUAUCACAUACCAUUGCAAAAACAGUGUGGGUUACAUGGAUGAAAAAAAUGGCAAUCUGAAGAAAGCUGUUCACCUUAAAGGUGCCAACAACCUUGAUCUUAAAGCAGAAGGAAACAGUCGGUUCAGAUACAAUGUCCUUGAGGAUAGCUGCACCAAAGCCAACGGCAACUGGGGUAAGACAGUCUUCGAAUACAGAACACAGAAAACAGCUCGUCUUCCCAUUGCAGAUAUUGCUCCAGUGGACAUUGGCGGAGCGAAUCAAGAAUUUGGUAUCGACAUUGGGCCAGUUUGCUUCUUGUAAAUAAAGGAAAUGGAUACAUUGAAGUUAUUCCUGAGACUCUUGAACUAGUGGCUGAUUUGAUCAGCACUGUACAUACAGUACUUUGGAACAUUCUGGUCUCCUUACAAAAUAUUUAUUGUGCCUUGAACCCUUUUUGUGUUACAAGAUUUCUAGCGUAGCAUACAACAGAGGUCUUAGUGUUUCAAUGGCUCAUGAUUCCAUUGGUAAACUAUAAAGCCAAUUGUUGUGAAUGAGGUUUUGUGAAUGCAUAUAAAAGGAGCAUGUUGAAGCAUGAUAGACCUGCAAACUUGUAUUUUCUGAACAAUUUAGUAAAUUCAAAGUUAAAAAGUUUCUGUCUUGGUGUUUGAAAAUAAUUAUGGUAAGCCAGAAUUCUAUGACAUAAUGGCACAUUCACAAAACUUUAUAUUCAAAUAAAAACUUGUGAAACAGCUAAAAGUUAUAUAAAAUAUACAUACACUUGUUUGUUUUCUUAUGAAGUGCUGAUACCUGAGUCAGCCUCCCCCUUAAUAACCACUCUAAGAAAGAAAUGAGUUGCUAUCAUAGUGUACUUUCACUUAAAAUCUACUAGCUUAUUAAACUGCUUUUCAAGUCCUGAAUAUAUUUAGUAUCAACAUUUAACAAAGGGUACAAUAACAAGAGCUUUGUAAUAUUCCUUUCAAAUCAGUGGUGCUGCAUAGUGAACAAGAGUUUAUGAAGCUUAAAUCUGUAGCCAAAUAUUACCUUUUCCAUACUGACUUGCUAUCGCUUUAGUUCAAAGAUAAUGAAUAGUUUGAACAAGUACUUCCUUAGUGUAAGCUACCUCAUCUCGAAAAAAUGGGAUGCAUUGUUGUCUCUUUUUAAACAUUUUGGUGCUGUAUUUUAAAAGGUAUAUGAGUGUAGCUAUCUCAGCAUUGCAAAAAGGCAGGGUUUGAUGGUGCUAAUACAUAUCUGUUCUUUCAGCUGCUGAUGAAGUAGCAAAUCAAAAGGCUAUCAGUUCUUUAUUAUUUUCUGGCAGUGAUGUACCUUAUCGAGAUGCAAUAAAGGUCAGCAUGUUUUAUUAUGUAAAGCAUGUGGGUAGAACAGUCUUUUAAAUAUUUUGGCUUUAUUUUUGCUCAAUGCAGUAUUUUCUUUUUUUUUCUAAUAAAAUCUGGGUGAUUCCAAAAGGAAAGCCAAGAACAUUGUCUUGUCUGUGUAUUUUGCUAAGCUUUGCAUUUAAACAAUGUUUUUUAAUGUCAGUGAUUUCUUUAUUGUCAAACUCAUGCAGACACUUGACUGAUGAAAUAUUGUAUAUUCUAUGUGCUUUAGGUUUACCUGUUUUUACUGCAUAUAUUUUUGUUUUGUUUGUUUUUUUUACAGAAAUUGGAUACUUAAGUAAAUUUAAUUUACAUUUUCUUAAAACAGCACAUUUUAAGCUGAUGAAGAUGUAGGCUUCACUACAGAUCCCGGUUAGCAUUAGGUAGUCCAACAUUAGUUCACAUGUUCUAUGUCAUUAUAUCGUUAUCAAUGGAGCUUUAAAUAAAACUAAACCAAGGUUUGUGUGACAGAAAAAAAGAAAAUGUUAUCCCUUUGAACACAAAUAAACUCUCCAGUUUCUGCAUGUUCCCAGUGCUUCUGCAGUGUCAUUUAUUAUCUCCCACUGUACAGUAUGUUCUUGUCUCUCAAGCUUUUAAUGGUACCUACUAUAAAAGUGCAGAUUUUUUUAUUUUAUUUUUUUUUCAUUUUCCUUAAACAGUGAGUGAAUGAUAUCAUACUUAUACUUGGAACUGUUUAGAAAUAAAAUUAAACUGCUGGCUUUCCUUCAA